GUUUUAUGAACUGGGUGGAUAGGCGUGCAUGCGCUCCAGUCACGAGCAAAGGAAAGGGAAAUCAUUGUUAAUCCCAUUCAGUGCCUUGUGCAUCCUUUAGACAAAACGAGAGGGGAGGAAAAAAAAUACGUGUUUUCUGUCUCAUGUUUCCCCCUCAGCUUUUUGGCUCUGUUGUCUCUGUGGAGAGUGCAGACAGGCAUCGAUUGGCCGAGGUUCACCUGAGUUUUUUCUCCCCAUCCACGGACAUUAAACGAGCCACCUCUCCUCUGUCUCCAGCAGCAUUUAUACUGUUUAAGAGAAACACCGCCCAGGCUCGUGCGCUUCUGGAACGGAGAUCUGGAGAUGAAGACAGAUUUCACGUUUUUCUGUCGGACUUGGAUUGGAAUAGCGUACGCCUCAGGUCUGGUGAUUGGCUUUUCUAUGACUCCACCCGUACUUGACAGCUCCAAAGACGACCUAGUGAUUCCAGUCCACCAAACACUCACUAUUACAUGCAGGGGACAGCGCACUCUGGCCUGGACCUGGCCUGAUCACACCCUGCUGGGACAGGAGCUAACUCACCGUGAGGCCCAGCUGCCUGCCACCAGGGACACCAGGCAGAGGGAGGUCCUGAUCACUGAAUGUCCGGGGCAGCUAGAAAAGCAGUACUGCAAGAGGCUGGUCCUGAGCGCAGCACAAGCCAAAGACACCGGCCACUACCGCUGCUAUUACAAAGAUGUCAAGGCUGUCAUCAUCGGCACUACCGCCGUCAGCAUUUAUGUCUUUGUCAGAGACCCAGAGCAGCCCUUCCUCAGGAGUGACAGCUACAGCGAGGUCAACGGGGACAACAUGGAGACCAUUUUAAUCUCACGCUUCUCCACGCACGUCAUAGUGCCAUGUCUGGUCACAGUGCCUGAUCUAAAUGUCACUCUCCAAGCGUAUCCAAGUCCUCUGGAGAAGAGCGGGAUGACAUGGGAUAACAAGCAAGGCUGGUCCAUCCCCAGACAAACUAUCGACAGUGCGUCCAUGCUCAUUGGAGUUCUGUGUGUCGCCACGCUGGGAGGCAAAGAGUUUCAAUCUGCCAACUACAUAUUCCAUCCAACAGGAAGUAAGGUUUACGAUGUCAAGCUGUUUCCUGAGGACCCUGUGGAGAUGAUAAUGGGGGAGGCCCUCACCAUGAACUGCACGGCGCUGGUGGAGUUCAACGCUGGAGUGGACAUUCAGUGGUCUUACCCCGGCAAACAGACGAACAGUCGGGUGGAUAUAAGAUCCUAUCGUGAAGCCCUGACUCAUGCCACAGAGGCUGUCAGCGUCCUGACCAUCCCGAGUGUAAACGUCACAGACACCGGCCCCUACAGCUGCAACAUCAUCACCAUGGAAGCAACACAGACUCAACUAACUCAGGUCAUAGUUUAUGAAAAGCCAUUUAUCAGCCUCAACUACAGAAACAGCCCGGUGGUGGAGGUAACUGCUGGCCAGAAAUCUUUCAAAUUGCAAGUGAAUGUUUCUUCAUUCCCCACACAUGAAACCCAAUGGUAUAAAGAUGGAAAGCCGAUAAACCAGCUGCCAGAGUUCAAGCUGAAAAGGCUGAGGAUGCACCUUAACCAUGCCCUGGAUUUUAAGGAGGUGUCUCAGGGGAGUUCUGGGCUCUACACAGUGGUGCUGAAGAACUGGGCCGCUGGGCUGGAGAAGAGGCUCAACAUCACACUUGUCGUCAACGUCCCCCCUCAGAUCCAUGAGAAAGAAGUGGCAGAUCCAUCCAGUCCUUACCCCAGUGGCAGCAGCCAGACUCUAACAUGCACUGCAUAUGGUGUCCCUGCUCCUACCGUCAGCUGGCAGUGGAGGGCCUGGGGCCCAUGCAUCCUCAACAGCACUCAGAGCAGACCGGUCCAACGAGACAGGAAGGGCCGGAGUGACAGGAUCGCAGACUGUCAGAACUGGCUGGACAUUAACUCAGAGAAUGCUGUGAAUGAAAUUGAGGCUAUCGAAACAUCCAUGGAAGUGGUCGACGGCCAACAAAAAAUUGUGAGCAGGCUUCAGAUCCGAAAUGCCAGUGUUUCAGUUAUGUACAAGUGUCGUGCUGAAAACAAAGUUGGCAAAGAUGAGCGACUGAUCUACUUUUAUGUAACCACCAUCCCAGAGGGGUUCAGCCUUGAUGUUAAGCCUUCAGAGAAUCCCCUGGAGCAGGAGAAAGUGUCUCUGUGCUGCAACGCCGACAAUUACACCUACGAGCACCUGCAAUGGUAUCGCCUCAACCCCCAGGCCCUGCAUGACGAGCAGGGCAGGCCCCAGGAGCUGGACUGCAGGAGCGUGCACCUUUACGCGUAUACCCUAAAUGGCCAGCUCUCCUUCCAGGAGCCCUCCAACAGCUGGGUCCUGGACUUCACCAUCCCAUCCGUACAGCUGCAGGAUGAGGGUCAUUACGUGUGUGAGGCUCAGAGCCGGAGGAGUGGGGAGAAACAGUGCCUUUUUACUUACAUCUCUGUCAAAGCCCUGGAGGCACCACGGUACCGGCGUAGCCUCACCAACCAGACGGUGAAUGUGACCGAGUCCCUUCGGAUGGAGUGUGACGCUGAGGGCAGACCCCUUCCCAGCCUGUCUUGGUUCAAAGACAACCUGCCUCUACACCAAAUGUCAGGUAUCCAGCUGCAGGAUUCAAACCGCACACUGAGUAUCCAGCGGGUCAGGGAGGAGGACGCUGGGCUUUACACCUGUAGAGCCUGCAACCAGGGUGGCUGUGUCAACUCCUCGGCAGCCGUUAGGGUCAUCGGUUCAAGUGACAAGGCCAACGUUGAGAUUGUAAUCCUCAUCGGGACGGGAGUCAUCGCUGUUUUCUUCUGGGCCUUGCUCAUCCUCAUCUUCUGCAACGUGAAGAGGGUUAACCCUGCAGACAUAAAGACCGGCUAUCUGUCAAUCAUCAUGGACCCAGGAGAGGUGCCUCUGGAUGAGCAGUGUGAAUAUUUGCCCUAUGACUCCUCACAGUGGGAGAUCUCCAGAGACAAACUUCGGCUGGGAAAGGUCCUAGGCCACGGUGCCUUUGGAAAAGUGAUCGAAGCAUCAAUCUACAGCAUUGGCAAGAGCAGCCGUUUGGACACAGUGGCUGUUAAGAUGCUAAAGGACGGAGCUACAGCAAGUGAGCAUAAAGCCUUGAUGUCAGAGUUGAAGAUCCUGAUUCACAUUGGGAAUCACUUGAAUGUGGUGAACCUAAUAGGAGCCUGCACCAAACCUAAUGGUCCACUGAUGGUUAUAGUGGAGUACUGCACGUAUGGGAACCUGUCCAACUUCUUACGAGCCAAGAGAGAGUUCUUCCUCCCAUACAGGGACCGCUCUCCUAAAACACAGAGUCAAGUAAGACGGAUGAUUGAGGCGGGUCAAAUGGACCAAAGAGCUCGCCACCAGCCCUCACCCUCCCCUUCCUCUCGCCUCAUCAACCCUCAAACUCCAUCCAACACUCCCAGUCAGACUCCUGUGGUGGAGAAAAUGGAGGACUUGUGGAAGACUCCUCUGACAAUAGAAGAUCUAAUUUGCUACAGCUUCCAGGUGGCACGUGGGAUGGAGUUCCUGGCCUCUAGAAAGUGUAUCCACAGAGACCUGGCAGCCCGCAACAUUCUCCUGUCAGAGAACAACAUCGUGAAGAUCUGUGACUUCGGUCUGGCAAGAGACAUAUACAAAGACCCCGACUACGUCAGGAAAGGCAAUGCUCGUCUGCCUUUGAAGUGGAUGGCUCCUGAGAGCAUCUUCGACAAAGUUUACACCAGCCAGAGUGAUGUCUGGUCUUUUGGAGUUCUUCUUUGGGAAAUCUUUUCACUCGGUGCAUCUCCGUACCCAGGAGUACAGAUUGAUGAAGAUUUUUGCAAACGGUUAAAAGAUGGUGUCAGGAUGAGAUCACCAGAGACUGCAUCACCUGAGAUAUACGGCAUCAUGCUGGCCUGCUGGCAUGGUGAGCCCAAAGAGAGGCCGACAUUCCUGGCUCUGGUGCAGAUCCUUGGAGACUUGCUUCAGGACAACAGCCUACCUGAUGGUAAAGACUACGUUCCUCUAAACUCCUCACAGAGCUCAGAGGACGACGGUUUCUCACAGGUCUCGUCACGGCCUCCAUCUGAAGAGGAGCUGAGGCUGGCCUGCAACACUCUGCCCUCCAGCAGGUAUUAUAACUGCGUGCCCUUCUCCGGCUGCGUGUUGGUGGGACCCUCUAAAGCGUGCCAGCCUAGAGUGAAGACAUUUGAAGAAUUGCCCUUGGAGUUGCACCAACAGAAAGCUCCUCAAGACAACCAGACGGACAGUGGGAUGGUGCUGGCCUCAGAAGAAUUUGAGAGAAUCGAACACGAGCACAGGGGAGCCGGCUCAAAAAGUCGUAUAGGCAGCAGCAGCAGCACAGAGCCUCUCACAGCCUCCCAUGGCUCCCUGGGUCGAAGCAGCGGUGUCAUCAGCUCCCGACACCGUCCACACUUCUUCAGCCAGCUCUCGGGUCAAACUUUCUACAACAACGAGUACGGACACCUAUCGGAGGAGGGUUUCUGUGACUUCUUCUCCUCACCUGACGCCCCCUGCCUGGCCUCCUCUAAUGUGUAAUCCCACCAAAGAUGCAGUCCAGGAGAGAGGAGAGGGUUCACAAGGUGUGCUGCUCAGGUCAAGGGAGGGGUGUUAACAUCCUAGUAUCGAUAUAUAACCAUUUAUACCUAAAGAUCAAGUUAUGACCAUAGCUGACCUCUUCUAUUUUACUAUCUGCCUGUCCUCCUGGGCUGCUGCCUCAAAAACAGACUGAGCUAUAUGUGCUUGAAGUUCCUCAAAGAAGCCACUGGGUGGCAGCAUUAUGACAUUAUUUUCUACUCACACAUUGUUAUAAUAUUUUAUCUUUUAUAUAGAGUAUUUUCCCUCAUUUGUACAAACUUUGACUCAUAUGUGAAGAAAUAAAGAAAUGUAUCUUCUU